AUGGCAAAUCAAACAGUCACCAGUUUUCAUACAUUACCGGUAGAACUUGUCUACCGAAUUCUUGACCAGCAAUCGGAUCUUACAAUCCUGUGCUCCAUGAGAAACACACUCACCACACUCAACCUCGAUUGGAGUAAAAUCGGUGAUAAAGGAGUACAAGAUCUUGCCAAUGCUCUACAAAACAACAAAACACUCACUACACUCUACAUCUGGGGCAAUCAAAUCGGUGCUAAAGGAGCACAAGAUCUUGCUAAUGCUCUACAAAUCAACAAAGUAACACCAAUACUUGUUUUUCUUCGUCUUCACUCCACUUCAACAUCAACACUUUUCACACAGACACUCACUACACUCUACAUCGGGAUCAAUCAAAUUGGUGAUCAAGGAGCACAAGAUCUUGCCAAUGCUCUACAAAUCAACAAAGUAACAACAAUAUUUGUUCUUCUUCCUCUUCACUUCACUUCAACAUCAACACUUUUCACACAGACACUCACUGCACUCAACAUCGGGGUCAAUCAAAUCGGUGAUCAAGGAGCACAAGAUCUUGCCAAUGCUCUACAAAUCAACAAAGUAACAACAAUAUUUGUUCUUCUUCCUCUUCACUUCACUUCAACAUCAGCACUUUUCACACAGACACUCACCAUACUCGACCUGCAGUAUAAUCAAAUCGGUGAUCAGGGAGCACAAGAUCUUGCUAAUGCUCUACAAAUCAAUGAAGUAACACCAAUACUUGUUUUUCUUCCUCUUCACUUCACUUCAACAUCAGCACUUUUCACACAGACACUCACCACACUCGACCUGCAGUUUAAUCAAAUCGGUGCUAAAGGAGCACAAGAUCUUGCCAAUGCUCUACAAAUCAACAAACCAUAG